UCUUCUCUCCUUCUGCUUGUCAUAUUGGUCUGCAUGCUCUCCACGGGACUUGUGGCUACUUGCUGUUGUAUCUGGCACAUAUUGGGAAUAAAGAGGGAGUGAAACAAUGCCGGAACCCACGGAAAAAGCUGAUGAAACGAAAGCAGAGAAUGCACCCCCUCCAGAACAAAAUAUACCUCAGGGAGAUGGAAAUGCACCAGCAAAAGUGUGGUCUACGGGAGAUGGUGCACCAGAAGAAGCAGAGAAGCAAGACAAUUCCCAGAAAUCUGUUUUAUUUAUGGAAAAACCAAAGGGUGGCUCAAUUAGUGUUGGGCAAAAUAUCACAUUCAUAGCCAAAGUAGAAGCCCAGGAUCUUCUCCGAAGGCCAACUGUUAAGUGGUUUAAAGGAAAAUGGAUGGACCUGGCAAGCAAAGCAGGGAAGCAUCUUCAGCUAAAGGAAACAUUUGAGCGCCAAACCAAGAUUUAUACAUUUGAGAUGCAUAUCAUUAAAGCUAAGGAAAACUAUGCAGGAAAUUAUAGGUGUGAAGUAACGUAUAAGGAUAAGGUUGAUAGCUGCUCUUUCGAUCUGGAAGUCCACGAAUCUUCAUCUGCGCCAUCAAUAGAUAUCCGGUCUGCAUUCAAAAGAAGCGGUGAAGGACAAGAGGAUGCAGGAGAACUUGACUUUAGUGGUCUCCUGAAACGUAGGGAGGUUAAUCAAGAGCCUGAUGAACCUGACAUAGAUGUGUGGGAGCUUCUGAAAAAUGCAAACCCCAAUGACUAUGAGAAAAUUGCAUUUCAGUAUGGAAUCACUGACCUGAGGGGCAUGUUGAAACGUCUGAAGCGGACUCGCAGGGAAGAAAAGAAGACUGCAGCUUUUGCUAAGAUUCUGGACCCUGCAUAUCAAGUGGAUAAAGGAGGUAGAGUAAGGUUUGUGGUGGAGCUGGCUGAUCCAACAGUUGAACUCAAGUGGUAUAAAAAUGGCCAAGAAAUACGACCAAGUGGAAAAUACAUUUUUGAGCACAAAGGUAAUGAGAGGAUUUUAUUUAUCAACAACUGCAUGCUGACAGACGAUGCCCGUUAUCAUGUGACUGCUGGUGAUGAGAAAUGCUCUACAGAACUGUUUGUAAGAGAGCCUCCAGUGAUUGUGACAAAAGGCCUGGAAGAUACCAAUGCUUAUAUUGGUGAUAGAAUAGAAUUGACAGUCGAAGUGUCUGAAGAUGAUGCAAAUGUGAAAUGGUUUAAAAAUGGUGUGGAGAUCCCCCUUGAGAAUAAAUCUCGAUACAAAGUGAAGGUUGAGGGUAAAAAGCACACUCUGAUUAUUGAGGAAGCAACCAAAGCGGACAGAGGAGCUUAUUCUGCAAUGACAACUGGAGGACAAUCAGUUGCCAAACUAAACGUUGACUUGAGACCACUGAAGAUACUGCAUCCAUUGGAAGACCAGACUGUAAGGCUUGGCAAAGAGCUCUCUUUGAAAUGUGAGAUCUCUGAAAACGUGGAAGGGAAGUGGUAUAAAAAUGGGCAGCUGCUCCAGCCCAGUGACCGCAUCAAGAUGUAUCACAAAGGAAGAAUCCAUCGGCUAAUUGUUAAUAGCUCACUCGUUGAGGACGAUGGCGAGUACAUGUUUGUUCCAGAUGCCUAUAAUGUCAACAUCCCCUGCAGAGUGCAUAUUAUAGAUCCUCCUAAAAUCCAUCUUGACGGGCUCGGUGAUGGUAAUACAGUGACAGUUGUUGCUGGAACAAAGUUACGACUUGAAAUCCCUGUCUCUGGAGAGCCUGCCCCGAAGAUUAUGUGGAGCAGAGGGGACAAGUGGCUCAUGGAUCCUGCAAGUAGGAUACGGGCAGAGAAUUAUCCAGACAGCAGUUGCUUGGUGAUUGAUUCAGCUGAAAGAGAUGAUUCAGGGCCCUACAGAAUAAUGCUAAAGAAUGAAGCUGGAGAAGACACAGCCCACAUCAAUAUCAAAGUGGUUGAUAUUCCUGACGCCCCAGAAGCCCCCAAUGUAAUUGAAGUAGGAGAAGACUGGUGUAUUAUGACCUGGCAACCUCCAUCAUAUGAUGGUGGAUCCCCUAUCUUGGGCUACUUCAUUGAAAGGAAAAAGAAGCAGAGCUCCAGGUGGAUGAGGCUAAACUUCGAUCUUAUUAAAGAAACAACUUUUGAGCCCAAAAAGAUGAUUGAGGGAGUCGCCUAUGAAGUCCGUGUAUUUGCAGUCAAUGCCAUUGGCACUUCCAAGCCAAGCAUGCCCUCCAAGCCUUUUGUGCCAUUGGCUGUCACCAGUCCACCCACCUGUCUAGGUGUUGAUUCUGUAACCGAUACCACAGUUACUAUGAAGUGGCGGCCACCAGACCAAAUUGGAGCUGCAGGUUUAGAUGGCUAUAUUAUAGAGUAUUGCUUUGAAGGAAGUUCCCAGGCGCCCACUACAGAGGGCAAGGGAAACAGUGGUACAGAGCAAAAUAAUAGUGAGGAGGCAGACGGGGGCAAGAUGCAGAACGAAGAGAAGACAUCCAAACCCUCGGAAGAAUGGAUUGUGGCCAAUCCCGAACUAACUGACAAAACAAAGUUCACCAUCACUGGUCUUCCAACUGGAUCAAAAAUCUUUGUUCGAAUAAAAGCUGUGAAUGCUGCUGGUCCCAGUGAUCCUCGGCUGCAUCCACAGCCCAUUUUAGUCAAGGAAGUUAUAGAACCUCCGAAGAUUCGCCUGCCAAGACACUUAAAGCAAACCUACGUUCGACGGGUUGGAGAAGCUGUGAAUCUUGUUAUUCCCUUUCAGGGAAGACCAAGGCCUAAGGUAUCUUGGAAGAAAAAUGGUACCCAUGUAGACAAGAACCAAAUUAACAUCCGCAACAGUGAAAAUGAUAGUAUCAUCUUCAUUCGAAAGGCAGAGAGGAUCCACUCUGGGAAAUACGACAUGAAAGUCAAAGUAGACAAUUUGGUGGACAGAGCUACAAUAGAGAUUCAAAUAGUUGAUCGUCCAGGCCCACCCCAAGUUGUAAACAUUGUUGAUGUCUGGGGAGAAAAUGUUGCUUUGGAAUGGAAGUCGCCGAAGGAUGAUGGCAAUGCAAACAUUACUGGCUACACAAUCCAGAAGGCUGACAAAAAGAGCAUGGAAUGGUUCACCGUCAUCGAACAUUACCACCGAACCAGUGCAACCAUUACUGAACUGGUCAUUGGGAAUGAGUAUUACUUCCGGAUCUUUUCUGAAAACAUGUGUGGCCUCAGCGAGGAUGCGACAAAGACAAAAGAGAGUGCCGUGAUUGCCAAAGAUGGUAAAGUCUACAAAAACCCGAUUUAUGAAGACUUCAAUUUCAGUGAAGCACCAAUGUUUACUCAGCCUUUAGUUAACACUUAUGCUGUAUCUGGUUACAAUGCAACUUUGAACUGCAGUGUCAGAGGAAAUCCCAAGCCUAAAAUAACAUGGAUGAAGAACAAAAUAGUUAUAAUGAAUGACCCCCGGUACAGGAUGUUUGGUAAUCAGGGUGUUUGUACCUUGGAGAUCCGCAAACCCAGUCCCUACGAUGGAGGCACGUACACUUGCAAGGCUGUCAACACUCUUGGUGAGGCAGAAGUUGAGUGCAAAUUGGAAGUGAAAGUGAUAUAUCAUGGAGUAAUUACCCCAGGAGAACCAAUCUUCUUGGCGGGGCAGAAACAGUUGCACAGUAAGGAUUUUUGAAUGUAUAGUUUCAUCUAAGGUGGGGUCUCAUUCUUCAGACUACUAAUGCAAGGGGUGCCCCCACAUAUCAUUCAGUCCUAUAUGCAAGAAAUACAAGCAGGCAACCCUGAUGAAAAGUAAUGCCUGGCCACAGUGCUUCUCCACCACUGCAUUGGAAAAUGGUAGCCACAGCACCCGCAGUGUUUUUAACCCCUGCCAUGGGACUCCUACAGCAUGGUCUGAUGUAUUGCCCCUUCCCCCUCUUCCUGCUGCUGCUGG